AUGGCCGACAUUUACGCUGACAGCGAGGAUGUCGUCGGUGAAUGGAUUAAGCGAUCUGGCAAGCGCGAGGACAUUUUCCUAGCUACCAAGUUUGGGCUCCAGCGCCAGCCUGAAGGAAGUUACAAAUCUCGGACUGAUCAGGAGUACGUGAAGGCUGCAUGUGGAAAGAGCCUCCAAAGAAUCGCAGUGGACACCAUUGACUUUUACUACAGUCAUCGGAUGGAAUGGGUCACGCCCAUUAAAAAGAUUGUCGGAGCCAUGGUAGAGCCGAAGAAGUAG